AAAAAGAUCCAGAAUACCUGAAAAACCCUACAAUCACUUAAACCCUAAAGAACAAACGCAAAUGGUGUUAGGGCUCAGACAUUUCAGCGACAGAAAAGAAGACGGUUCAGGAGAACCAGUUCUCGACACCGUUAAUGGCGAAGUUCUGGUACACGUGCAGCCCGGCGUUACCGUUGUCAUAGGCAAUUGCCCUUCAGAAUCACCCGGCACUCUUUACAUCUCUUCCAAGAAAGUUGUGUGGUUAAGCGAUGCAGGUGGAGCAAAAGGUUAUGCUGUUGAUUUCUUGUCGAUUUCACUUCACGCGGUCUCGAGAGAUCCCGAGGCUUAUCCCUCCCCUUGUAUUUACACUCAGAUUGAGACGGAAGAAGCUGACGAAGAUGAAUCAGAUGAUUCGGAAUCAGAAAGUAAUGAAAUUUUGGACUUGUCAAAAGUUACAGAGAUGAGACUCGUUCCGUCCGAUCCUUCACAGCUUGAUACUUUGUUUCAAGUAUUCUGUCAGUGCGCUGAGCUUAAUCCUGAACCUGUUGAUGAGGUUGAUGGAGGGGGGAGUAAUUGGAUUUUUAGUGCUGAUCAACUUGCAGGCGAUGAUGCUGGUACGAGACUGGCUACCUUCUUUUAUCUAUUUUUUAUGUCUUUUUCAGGACUAAUAUGUAACAUAUUGGUUUCUCCAGAUGAUGAUGAUUCUAACUGGAAUUUCUUUCAAAAUCCAACAAGUUCGAUUGGCCAUUCAAAUGGAGAUCAUGAUGUAACUCGUGGGGUGCUUGAGCUUCAAAUCAACGAUCAGCGGUUUGAAGAUCCAGAAGAGAUGGAAGAAGAGGAUCACAGCAGUCAUCAAUGAGGCACCUUUCACGAGGCUUCCGAUAUGUCUUUUCUUUUGCUUUGAUGCGGGUGUACAUUUGUACUUCCAUUUAUAUACAUUUGAUGAGUAACUGCGAUGUGUAACAUGUGUUCUGUUUUUAUCUAAGUCUAUUAUCAGACUUCUAAUGCAUAGUUGAACUAAAGAAAUAUAUUUGUUUCAUCUACUUUGAAAA